AUGGACAUCCUCCUCUCCCCGUCGUCCUCAACUAUGAGGCUGCGACUGGCGCGUCGUCCGCUUCUCCCGGCGACGCGUUCGAAGGAGUCCCUUCUCGCGACGAGAGACUCUCUAAAACCGAAGGACGUGUCUACCUCUCACACGUUUCAUACGCAUUUGCCCUUUAGCCGUCAUGCCUGCGGCCCCACCGUUUCCUUUUCUCCCUCGCGCGCCUUGCGCUUGCCGUCUUCCGCUCCUUCGUCUCUCGGCUCGUGUGCGUUCUCAGGCUCCUCAGGUGCUUCGCUGGUCUGUGGCGCCGAGGGUUCUUGUCUGCGUUUCGCGCGUUCAGUUUCCUCAUCUGCGUCUUCUGGCCGUCGUUCUUCGCCGCUCUUCUCUUGUUCGCUGUCUCUCUCUGGGGGCGCGCUUUGCCGUCGCGCCUCGUCGUCUUCGCCUCUCCCUUCAGCCGUCGCUUCCUCUGCGGCCUCAGCUUCUUCUCGUCGUUACCCGCUUGUCUCCAUCGGGCCUUCCUCGCUCGAUCGCGCACGUUCAACUUCCUCUUUCGGCGCGCUUGGAGGCUCCGUCUCCGCUACUUUCGAAGGAAUCCCUCCUGCGUCGCCUCUCUGUCUGCACGCGGAGGCUGCGACGCUUCGGUCUGGGACGAGAGCGGAGCCGCGGUCUCCCGCUUUCGCCGUUUUCUCCGCCUCGCGCGGCUUCGCGUGCCGACCGGGCGCCUCGCGGAUGAAGUGGCCUUUUGCCAAGCCUUACGUGCGUCGCGUCGCCUCUGAUCUGUUUCGCUUCCCGCUCGUCUCAUCCGUCUCGAAAGAGAAGAUCGACUGGCUGUACCGCCACCCGCGCUCGGGCUACGAAGGCGCGCAGAUCUUCGGCCCCAACACACUCGAAGUGACCAACCUGCCCAUGGGCAAGACCUGCGAAUAUCUGCAGGAGCGCCUCUGGAGGUACUUCGGGAAAUUCGGCGUCGUCGAGCACGUCCGCGUCCUCCCCAACGAACGCGACCCCUACCAAACGAAUGGAACUGCCUAUGUCUGCUUCCGAAGCCGCAUGGCGUCGCUGCGGGCAGUUCGACUGCCGGUGCAUCUGCCUGCCUCGCUGCACAGCCGCGUUCUCCAUCUGCGCCACCUCGGCACCGACAAGACGAGCGACGACGCCUUCUACUUCCGCCGCCAGCAAGCGAUCCGCAGUCUGCUCUCCGUUGCGCAACAACUCUACGCCUACCUUGAGCAGCGCGGCCCGCUGCCUGCGGACAAGGCGCUUCGCCUUCUCUUCGAGCGAUCGUAUCCCCGUCUCGCCUGGCGACAAGCAGGCUACUGCGUGCGGCAGUGCUGCGGCAGUUGGCUAGAUUUCUUCGCCCGCGCGCCAUUCAACGAGCUUUUCUACCUGGCAGAGAAUCCCGCGGAUGGGCAGUCGCCGCGUGAUGCAGGCGACGUUGACGGCUCGCUCAAGGGCGAGGCUGCGCAAAACGCUGCAGAGACCAACGGCCGCCGCAAGUCGCGCAAGGGCAGCAAGGAAGGAUCCAGUGUCCGCGACGGGAAGCCGCGGACGGAUCGCGAAGAAAACGCGAUCCUGGCGAAACUCGUGAUCUUCCCGCAUUUGCUGUCCAGAGAGAAGCUUCAGACGCUUCUUCUGCGAGCCGGCCGCCUGCUGCAACAAGAUCUGCAAAACGAGCUGUCUGUUCACUGGCGAACAGACCGCCCCCCUCUCCCAGAUUGGACGCGCAAGCAAAUUCAGCUGUGGGAGCAUCAAGACCCGCUGCCUGAGGAGCUGCAGAUCUGGUCGAGGACGAAGGACUACUAUAAAAUUCAUGAAGAGCGUUUCCUUUUCAAGCUGAAGCUGAAGAAGGAGCGCGCGCAAGCCAAGCAAGAGCUGAAGCAACAGCGACGGUGA